CUCGCGGAAGGCAGCCCCCCCUGGCAGGCACUCCCUGUUCAAGGACUGCUACUUCAACAACCGCAACGUUGGGACAGUCGCGGAAAAACCACGCACACAAACACUCACAUCCACAACAAACAACAUAUAAUUCUACACCUACUUAUUGCCUGCCUGCACCCUGAUGGGCUAGUGUCCACAUUUGCGCCUGUCCGCCUCAGGCAUCAUUAGCAUCUCGUGUCCCACGGGUCGCAUACGGCGGGUAUUUCUGCUGGUCGCGCACACACACACACACACACGCGUAUCUGUCCGUGUGUCUGUCUGCAUACGCGUGUCUGUUUGUCUGUCUGCUUGACUGUCUGUUUGACUGUCUGUCUGUCUGUCUGUCCGUCUCUGUGCAGCUCGUUGCGUAAAGUCCUUACGUGGUUAGGUGGUGUUGGCAGUACGAGACCCUUCAUAGUAGCCAGUAUGAAUGGGCUCUGAUGGUCACAUACACACGCACACGCACGGACGUGUUUCUGUCCGUCGUCUGUCUGCUACACGUCUCUGUCUGUCUGUCUGUUUGUCUGGCUGGCCUCUCUGUGCAGCUCGUUGCGUAAAGUCCUUACGUGGUUCUGGCAACACCACACCCUCCACAGUGAAUAAGAAGGGGUCAGUCUUAGUCAUACCCCUGCACACAGACAUGACACACACACACACACGCACGCACUCUGAGGGUCCGAAAGUGUUCGUGUGCCGCCACGUGCACAUACUUGUUCACGCCGAACACAUUUUUGAUGAGGCCGUUGUCAUUGGCGUGCACCUCGACCACCUGCUGGUUGUCGUCGAGGCGCAUGAGCUUCACGUCAGCUACGCUUUUGAGCUGCGUCGGUAGGAAGUUGUUGUAGAGGAAAAGCUUCACGUCAAUCACUGUCUCGAAGCUGCCAUCGAUAUCCACCACAUCGAGCAGGAGGGGGACCGAACUGCGGCCGCCUGUGGUGCUGCGGAACUGGAAGUAGCGAUAAUCCGCCAAAUCAAUCGGGACCAGUUUCGGCGGGCCCAACUCACCAUCACACAUCUCUCUCCUCCACAGGGGGGGUCGGGAAGAG